AUGAGAACUCUGCGUGUUUUAUUUGAAGGUUAUUAUCGCUCAUCAAAAACCGAUGAGAAGAAGACUGAUGGUGACGAGAAACAUUCUAGUAGCGACAACAAAUAUUCUAGUGGUGAAGAUGAAGAUUCUAUUGGCGAAGGUGAGGACUCUACUGGUGAAGAUGAAGAUUCUAUUGGCGAAGGUGAGGACUCUACUGGUGAAGAUGAAGAUAGUACCCAUACAUCAAAAUAUGAUCAGCCAUUUUGGCUAGAAGAGAUGGAAAAUCCAGAGUCAUCGAUAAGAAGCAAGUAA